GUAACAUUGCUACUUGGAAAAUAAGUGAAAACAAGUCACAGUCGUUUUUAUCGUUCCGCAGAGGAUGUUUUUCAGCCCGGUAAGAAGCGAGGAAACAUGCAAUAAAUCUGAAGGUCUACACUGACCCUGUAGCCGCACGGAAGUGAACCCUGGUGAACCCCAGUUGACAAGCUUAUGAUCAACUUUAUUUGUGAGAGUCUUCAUCCAUUUUCUAUAGUUGAAGAACCUGCAUUCAAAAAUCUUUUGUCAAUGCCCAAUGCAGGGUCAUUUUUUGACCUAUUCUUCGAAACAAGGAAGCUGCCACUCAAAUGAAGGUAAAUUUUGAUUUUUAUCACAUUUUAAUGGAGUCAGCUAUGGUGUCACCGCCACUGUUAGUUCGACAGCACAGCACAGAAGUUAUAUUGGCAUCACUGCACACUGGACAGAUGAAGAAACAUUGGAAAGAAGAUCUGCUGCACCUGCCUGCAAGAGGUUGAGAGGGUCCCACAACUUUGAUGUUCUAGCACUCACCCACAGUACAAGAUAAGACGGAAGGUGGUGAACCACAACCGACCGAGGUUCAAAGUUUUCUAAAGCAUUCAGUGUUCUUGGUAAUCAGGGCCAGUCUGAGGAAGCAGAGUUGGAUCAGGAUUACUCUGAAGAGCCCUAAGCAGACUACCAGGACACAGUUAGCUGCUCGAAAGAAGACUAAUGGUAUUGAAUACCAACCCCCUCCACAUCAAAGAUGUGCAGCCCACCUGUCAAAAUCUUACAUAUCUUGCAACAGGAGGGAGAAGAAGCCAUUAGGAAUGUCUGUGAAAAGUUCAGUGCGACUUUGCUAAACUCAGAAGAAUGGAAGCUUCCUCCAUGAUGGAAAAUCCUGAGCUAAUAGCUGCAGCAGUCCUUCUUCCAGAGUUCAACGCCACUUGUACUGAGAAAGCUGAUGUCACAGAGGCAGGUGUGAAUGACAACAUAGUACAUCAGCCAUAGUAAAUCAUCUGAAGAGAAGCCACAGCUCAGGCAACGUACAGUAGUUGACUGCAAUGAAGAAAAUCGAUGACACAGCCACAGGCAGCUGGACUCUAGACAACAACCCUAUCUCCUCUGCAGUGAAGAACUCCUGCCACCCCAACCUGAAGAUGUUCCUUGCAGCCUUGUCCUUUGCCUACUUUGCCAAGGCUUUAACUGGCAGCUACAUGAAGAGCACAAUUACACAACUAGAGAGGCGAUUUGACAUCUCCAGUUAUCUGAUCGGCAUCAUAGAUGGGAGCUUUGAAGUAGGGAAUUUGCUGGUGAUUGCCUUUGUGAGCUAUUUUGGUGCCAAACUCCACCGACCCAAGAUCAUAGCAAUUGGAUGUAUCUUGAUGUCUUUUGGAACCUUCUUGAUCGCCAUGCCGCACUUCAUCAUUGGCCGCUACAAGAUCGAAACAUCAGUUAGAUCUUCAGUGAAUUCAACCAAUAACCUCUCUCCAUGUCCAGCAAGCUCACCUGAGUCCAUCAGGGCAGGUGACAGACCCUCUAUACUGCCCUCUAGAGGCUGUGAGCGAGAGUCCAGUGUUUCAAUGUGGAUUUAUGUGUUUCUGGGAAAUGUCCUGCGUGGGAUCGGAGAGACUCCAGUACAGCCUUUGGGAAUCUCCUACAUUGAUGAUUACGCUCAGUCUGAGAAUGCUGCACUCUAUAUUGGUUGUGUCCAAACAAUAUCGAUCAUUGGCCCUGUCUUUGGGUACCUGCUGGGGUCGCUUUGUGCCAAAAUCUACGUUGACAUUGGCUAUGUGGACAUGGAGACUGUGACUAUCACCCCUGGUGAUGCCCGCUGGGUGGGGGCAUGGUGGCUGGGCUACCUCAUCGCUGGUGCCAUCACUCUCAUGUCUGCUGUUCCUUUCUGGUUCCUGCCCAAGUCACUGCCGAUGCCUGUGGAUAAACACGAUACCAGCUGCUCUCCAGAGCAAACCAGGUUCAUCAAAGAUUCCACAGUCAUGGAGCACAAGUUCAGACCUGAGGAGCCAACUAAUUUACGUCAGAUGGCCAAGGAAUUUGUGCCCACAUUGAAGAGUCUCCUUGGAAAUCCUGUGUACAUCAUCUACUUAUGCGUGACCAUCAUUCAGUUCAACUCUCUCAUCGGGAUGGUCACCUACAAACCCAAGUACAUUGAGCAACACUAUGGCCAGUCAGCAUCAAAAGCCAAUUUUCUCAUGGGCAUGAUCAACAUCCCAGCUGUGGCCCUGGGGAUGUUCUCUGGAGGGGUGGUCAUGAAAAAGUACAAGCUGGGUAUCAUGGCAGCAGCUAAAUUUGCCUUUGGGACCUCCCUGCUGGGCUACUUCCUGUCACUCUUCUUCUUAGCCAUGGGCUGUGAGAACUCAAAGGUGGCAGGCAUCACUGCUUCAUACACCGGAUUGGGAGGCUUGUCUUAUCAGGAACAGUCUCUCUUCUCCGACUGUAAUUCGGGUUGCUUGUGCUCAGGUAGAGAGUGGGAUCCAGUGUGUGGAGAGAACGGGAUCACCUACGUCUCUCCAUGCUUGGCUGGAUGCACCUCCUCCUCUGGUUCAGGGAGAAACACGGUGUUUGAAAAUUGCAGGUGUGUGGCGCUGGCCGAUACCCAACCAGGCAACCUGACGGUCACUCUGGGCCAGUGUCCACGCAUGGACAGCUGUGACAAAAUCUUUCCAUACUUCCUGGCUCUGUCUGUCCUCAGCUCAUUCAUUAUUUCUCUUGGGGGAACACCUGGCUUUGUGUUGCUCGUCAGGUGCAUUAAACCUGAGCUGAAAUCUCUUGCACUUGGAAUCCACACAUUGGCCACUCGCACACUUGCUGGAAUACCUGCCCCUAUAUACUUUGGAGCCAUAAUCGAUACAACCUGCCUCAAAUGGGGAUACAAGAUGUGUGGAGGAAGAGGAGCAUGCAGAAUAUAUAACACCUCGGCUUAUAGGAUAGUGUACCUGGCCCUCACACUGGGCUUGAGGACAGUCUCCUUCUUCUUUUGUAUUUUGGGUUUUGCUCUACUCAAAAGACAUAUUAAGAGGGAGGAGAAGAAUGCUCUGACCAAUGGGAGUGCAGAGCUGGAAUCACUACGGAAAGAGGAGAACAGCUCCAUACACUGUGAGCAGUUUAUACUGGCCUUGGACUGCAGUCCUGAUGGAGAAACUCGCUUAUGAGCCGCAGCACAACCUCUUCUCUUCUGACUCAGCUCCAUGAAGCACCUCAGAUGUAUACAGGAAUAAACACUGUGGACACUUUUCAUAGACAUACAGUAUUUGACAAAGAUUCAUUUUAUAAACGA